AAAGUACACGUCCGAUUUUAUUAUCACAAUAUAUUCUUUCAUGGCACUUCAGCUUUCAUUUAUAAUUCAAUAUAAUUCAUUUUGGGUUAACGGUCAAACCAUGAAAAAUUUAUUUGAGGAACUUAAGUAUAUUUGUAACGAGUUAAAAGACGAAAAUGAGAUCAUACUUAUGAAAAGAUAUGGGAGCAACGCAAAACGUUAUACAGCUAUAAUUACAUUGAUCGCAAUCGUUGCUAUACCCAUUGUUAUUGUUUCAUCAAUAUGGCCACGCGUUCUCGACAUUAUUAAACCUAAAAACGAGUCUCGAUCAAAUAUAUGGUUGCAAGUCAUGUCUCAACAGUUUAUUGAUCAAGAAAAAUACUGUUAUUUAUAUUUAUUCCACAUGAAUACAGCUCUUUUCAUAGGGUCAAUUGCAACGAUAGCGACAGGAACGAUGCUUAUAGUAUGUCUUACAUACGCAUGUGCAAUGUUUAAAAUCGCCAGUCUUCGGAUUGAAAAAGCAAUGAUGGCUAAUAAUUUACAAAAUAAAUUCGAGAACGAAAUUAUGAUUUAUAAAGGAAUAAUUUAUGCCGUGGACGUACAUCGCAAAGCUAUGGAGUUUUGCAAGUAUUUAAUAUCUAAUUUUGAGGGAUCGUUCUUCUUUUUAAUAGCGAUUGGUGUGCUCAAUUUAAGCCUUAACCUUUGUCGAAUUUUUCAGAUUGUAUCAGGUGAAAUGAAUAAAGAGCAAUUCCUAUUACACUUAAUUGCUACAGCUAUCACCUUCUUAUACAUGUUUGUAGCGAACUAUAUUGGACAAGAAAUCAUGGACCACAAUAAUAAUAUAUUUACUACCGCAUAUAAUGUUCGUUGGUAUAAAGCACCGUUACACGCACAAAAACUGAUAUUGUUCCUGCUACAAAUGGGCAAUAAAACUUUCGGCUUAAAUGUGGGUGGAUUGUUUGUAGCAUCUAUAAAUUGUUUCGCUUCAUUGGUAAGCGCAUCAAUAUCUUACUUUACUGUUUUAUGUUCUAUACAACAAUGACGUGAAGCUAUGUUGUCUAUACAAUAAUGUUAAAUAGAUAAGUAUGAAAACA